AUGGGGAAACGCUGCCAAGUGAGCAAGCUGUGCAUUGUGUUUUUGGUCUUAGCCGCGGUCUCUGUGGCAACCAUUGUCACGUUGUGGACUAUUGCCCUGACAGGAGGAGACGAUGGUGGUGACGUCACAGAUCCUUGGGACAGGUACCGUCUCCCCACUGCUUUGCUCCCUGACUCCUACAACAUCACUCUGUGGCCUCGUCUCAGCCCCGACCCAAACACCAACCUCUACAUUUUCACAGGUAAAUCCACUGUGGAGUUUGAGUGUAUAACGGAAACUGAUCUAAUCCUGAUCCACUCCAACAAACUCAACUACACAGUGCAGGAGAACACACACGUCGCUAUGCUCAUCACUUCAGGUGGUGGGUCUGCUCCAGGCAUUAGGUCCUCCUGGUUGCAGCCUGAGACGCAGUACCUGGUUAUCCAGCUGAAUGGUAAAUUAAGUCAAGGACAAAAGUAUCAGCUGUACACUGAGUUCACUGGAGAACUGGCUGAUGACUUAGCUGGCUUUUACAGGAGUGAAUAUCAAGAGGAUGGAGUCAGAAAGAUCGUUGCCACCUCUCAGAUGCAUCCGACACAUGCCAGAAAAACCUUUCCUUGUUUCGAUGAGCCAGCGAUGAAAGCUGUUUUCCACAUCACUCUCAUCCACCCCCCCGGGACUGUAGCCCUGUCCAACGGCAUGGAAAUAGAUAUCGUUAACACCACCAUUGAUGCAGUAGCAGUGACACAGACCAGGUUUGAGCAAACCAAGAAAAUGUCCUCAUAUCUACUGGCCAUCGUCAUCUCUGACUACUCACACCUCCGCGCUACACAAGGAAACACCCUGAUCCGUAUCUGGGCUCGCAGGAAGGCGAUUGAGCAGGAACAGGGAAACUACGCCCUCAAUGUGACUGGACCCAUACUGGACUUUUUUCAGCAGUACUACAACAUCUCCUACCCUCUGUGCAAGUCAGAUCAAAUCGCUCUGCCAGACUUCUACUUUGGGGCGAUGGAGAAUUGGGGUUUGGUGACAUAUAGAGAAACCAACCUGCUCUAUGACCCUGUGACUUCAUCCAACAGAAACAAAGAGACCACCGCCACUAUCAUCGCUCAUGAGCUGGCUCACAUGUGGUUUGGUAACCUGGUGACUCUGAGAUGGUGGAAUGAGGUGUGGCUAAAUGAAGGCUUUGCUUCAUAUGUGUCUUACCUGGGUGCAGACUAUGCUGAGCCUACAUGGAACGUGAAAGACUUGAUUGUACUGGAUGACGUACACAGAGUGUUUGCAGUCGAUGCCUUGGUCUCCUCUCAUCCUUUGUCUUCCAAAGAGGACAGUAUCAUUUUGCCAGACCAGAUCAUGGAGCAGUUUGAUGCCAUCUCAUACAGCAAGGGUGCAGCAGUGUUGAGGAUGUUGUCUGAUUUCCUCUCAGAGCCAGUCUUUGUCCAGGGGCUCAAUAGAUACCUCAAUCACUUUGAAUACAGUAACACAGUAGGGAAUGACUUGUGGGCAAGUCUACAAAAGGAGGUGAAAGCCAAUAAUGUAUCCCUUCCUCGCCCAGUUCAUUACAUCAUGAACCGCUGGGUGCUUCAGAUGGGCUUCCCUGUGGUUACCAUUGAUACCACCACAGGAGAGGUAUCCCAGAAGCACUUUCUGCUGGACCCAGAGUCUAACGUCACAGUCAAAUCACCUUACAACUAUGAGUGGCUGAUUCCUGUUAGGUGGAUGAAGUCUGAUGAGGUCCAAGAAGAUGUCUGGUGGCUAAUGGAAAAGACAGCUGUAAACGUGGACAUGAUGAGUGGUGGUUUGUGGGUUCUGGCUAAUAUCAAUGUGACUGGUUAUUACCGAGUAAACUAUGACCUGGGGAAUUGGGAGAGACUCCUCGCUCAGCUUAAUAGAGAGCACCAGGUAAUACCACUGAUAAACAGAGUCCAGCUUGUGGAUGAUGCUUUCAAUCUGGCCAGGGCUCAGGAGGUGUCCACCACUCUUGCUCUGAGGACAACUUCCUAUCUAUCUGUGGAGACUGAGUACAUGCCCUGGCAGUCUGCUCUGGACAACCUCAACUAUUAUUAUCUCAUGCUGGAUCGAACUGAAGUCUAUCAGCCUAUGCAGGACUACAUGAAGAAACUGGUGACACCCCUCUUUCAGUAUUUUAAGAACAUUACAUCUGACUGGACCAGUGUUCCAGACAGACACACUGACCAGUAUAACCAGGUGAAUGCCAUCCGUAUGGCCUGCAGGACUGGAGUGACAGAGUGCCAAAACCUGACCACCUCAUGGUUCAAACAAUGGAUGGACAACCCUCAAAAUAAUGCGAUCCAUCCCAACCUGCGCUCUGUAGUGUACUGCAGUGCCAUUGCAGCAGGUGAUGUGGAAGAAUGGCAGUUUGGUUGGUUCCAGUUUGAAGGAGCUUCUUUAGCCAGUGAAGCCAGUAAACUCAUGUCUGCACUGGCCUGUACCAACAACACACAACUGCUGGAAAGGUAUCUCUCCUACGCCUUAGACCCAGCUAAGAUCCGUAAACAGGACGCCGCCUCAGUCAUCACAUCUGUCGCCAGCAACAGAGUGGGGCAGAGUCUAGCUUGGAACUUUGUCAGGAAAGAGUGGAAAUACAUGUUCACACAAUAUGGAGUGGGUUCCAUCAACUUUGGUUCUAUGAUCAGUGGAGUCACAGCGAGGUUCUCUACAGCUGCUGAACUACAAGAGCUGAAGGAGUUUGUGGAAGAGCACAGUGCAACAGGUUUUGGUUCAGCUACUCUGGCAGUGGAGCAGGCAGUGGAGAAGACCAGCGCUAACAUCAACUGGCUGCAGCAGAACAAACAGGAGGUGCUGGACUGGUUCAACAGCCAGACUGGACGUCAGAUGGGUUAA